AUAUUUUGGUUAUUAAAAUCGAAAGAUUAAUUAGAAUAUCUUUUAUUGGUUUGUAAAUUCUUUGUUCUGUAUAAGUAAAGGUUUCGUUAGUAGUAAUAUUUUUAUUACAUUAAGAAAUAUUUUUUCAGUCUGGCGGUCAUUCGUUAUGUGCUGGAUAUUUUACAUUACGGAAAUCUUAAAUGAAUGAUUAUUAAUAUUAAAGUUCAUGCUUUGUCGCAUUUUCAGGUUACAAUUCAACAUGAAGAUGUUAAAACCACUCUGGAUUUUGAAACAUGUUAAAAGGAGGAGGCCCGGACGCAAUGUUACUACAUGGUCACCACUUGCUACUGCAUUCAAUACACGACCCACAUCUAGACCUAUUUUUGAUUCUCUUAGAGAAAGAACUGGUCUAUUUAAUAAGCCUGAGCUCACUAGUUUUGAGGGUUUUUAUACACUUAAAGAACAAGCUAUAGCGGCUACUGACCGUUUGAUUGAGGAAGCUACUAAUGAACCUAAAAGACCUAUGGUUGAGAUAUUUGAUGAGUUGUCAGACACAUUAUGUAAAGUAGCGGAUCUUGCAGAAUUUGUAAGAAUUGCUCAUCCCCAGUCCCAUUUUGCUGCAGCAGCUGAAGAUGCUUGCAUUAGUGUCAGCGGAGUUGUAGAAAAGUUAAAUACACACAAGGGUCUUUAUGAGGCAUUACGUGAUUCUGUAAAACGUGGAACAUCAGGUGAUCAGCACUUGGCAGAACUCUUCCUAUUUGACUUUGAACAGAGUGGAAUACAACUAGAAGAAGGACCAAGGAAGAGAGUGGUUGCUCUGAAUGACUUGAUCUUGCAAACUGGUCAACGAUUCAUGGCUGGAGCAGCCAAACCAAGAAAAGUGCCAAGGAAUGCAGUUCCUGCAAAUAUUAGACAAUUCUUUAGCAGCGAGGGUGACAAUAUAGUGGUGAGUGGUGUAUACGCUGAAUGUGGUGAGGCGGCGGCGCGUGAGGCCGCAUACCGUCUGUACCUCGCUCCUGACGCCCAACAAGAGCGUCUGCUCUGCACCACGCUGGCCGCCAGACAGGAAAUGGCUGCCAUUUGCGGCUUCCCAAGCUACGCUGACAGAGCAAUAAAAGCUAGCACAAUGGAGACUGCGUCGAACGUACGCCAGUUCUUAGAUAUUCUGUCAGAUAACCUUCAUGAUCGCGCUAAAAUGGACUUUGAUGCGAUGCUGAAGAUGAAGCAGGUGGAGACGCCGUAUCAAGAUCAGCUCAUGUGCUGGGACACACCCUACUUCACGCACAAAGCGAAAACGCAGCUUUUGAACGUCGCCAACUCUGAUUUCAGCCCGUAUUUCUCGCUAGGCGGUUGCAUGGAAGGAUUGAAUAUGCUCUGUCAAGAGUUGUAUGGAAUAAGUUUGAAUUCUGAGGAAAUGUUGCCAGGUGAGUCAUGGUCGCCGGACGUCUAUAAGCUUGCAGUGGUACAAGAGAAUGAAGGUCUCCUAGGGUACAUAUACUGUGAUCUGUAUGAGCGACCUGGGAAACCACACCAGGACUGCCACUUCACCAUACAGGGUGGAAAACUGCUGCCUGAUGGCACUUAUCAGAAUCCUGUGGUGGUGGUGAUGCUGUCGCUGAGCGGCGGGCACCGGUCGGGCCCCGCGCUGCUGUCGGCGGGCGCGGUGGACAACCUGUUCCACGAGGUGGGCCACGCGCUGCACUCCAUGCUGGGCCGCGCGCGCUACCAGCACGUGGCCGGCACGCGCUGCCCCACCGACCUGGCCGAGCUGCCCUCCGUGCUCAUGGAGUACUUCGCCUCGUGCCCGCAGGUGGUCAGUCGGUUCGCGCGACACUUCCAAACGCGUGAACCAAUGCCUGAAAAAAUGCUGCAUCGACUCUGCGCUUCUAAAUACCUCUUUGGAGCUAGCGAAAUGCAGCUACAGGUUUGUUUAUUUGAAAACCAUGUUGAUUACUUAAAGAUGGACUUGAAAAAUUAUGUGAAUAUCUAUGUAUAAUAUGUAGCUAGCUUUAAAUGAAAGCGUACUGAACAACGUACA